CGAAUCGUCGAGAACUGCCAAUUCUUGGGCCAAAUAGUGGCCGUCACUGGCGAUGGCGUCAACGACUCGCCCGCCCUUAAGAAAGCCAAUAUAGGGGUCGCGAUGGGUAUUACCGGGUCGGAUGUGAGCAAACAGGCGGCAGAUAUGAUACUAUUGGACGACAAUUUCGCCACAAUUGUAACGGCCGUAGAGGAGGGCCGACGCAUAUUUGACAACAUGAAAAAGACCAUCGGCUAUAUACUGGCCGGUAGUGUCACCACAUUAUACCCGUUCAUGAUUUACGUCAUAUUCGGCUUUCCCAUCGCCAUCGGCACAAUCACUGUACUAUUGAUA